AUGUCCGCUAUCCAGAACCUCAACUCCUUCGACCCCUUUGCUGAUGCAAGUAAAGGUGAUGACUGGCUCCCAGCUGGGACAGAGGAUUCUAUCCAUAUAAGAAUCCAGCAGAGGAACGGCCGGAAGACUCUGACAACUGUGCAAGGCAUUGCGGAUGACUACGACAAGAAGAAACUAGUCAAAGCUUUUAAGAAGAAAUUUGCUUGCAAUGGUACCGUUGUUGAACACCCAGAAUACGGAGAGGUGAUCCAGCUUCAAGGUGACCAGCGCAAGAAUGCUUGCCAGUUCCUUAUGGAGGUUGGACUGGCCAAAGAAGAUCAACUGAAAGUCCAUGGAUUUUAA